AUGUUAAAAUAUGGAAGUAGACUGAGUCAAAGACUCAUAAACUCAACCAAACUAAUUUUGCAAAGACAAUUCACCCAAUCACACCUUCUAUCAAAUGCUACCAUUGUUUCAGGUACUAAAUUAGCUAGUAAAAUACGAAAUCAAAUAGCAGAAAAAGUAGUAAAUUAUAAUAAAGAACAUUUUCAAAUAGAACAACCAGAAAAAUUCAAAUUUAAACCAAGUUUAUCUAUAGUUCAAGUUGGUUCAAGACCAGAUUCUUCAGCUUAUGUGAGAUCAAAAUUGAAAGCAGCAGCAAAAUCAAAUAUAAAUUCAAAUUUAAUAAAAUUGGAUGAAAAUAUAAGUCAAGAUGAUUUAAUUGAUGAGAUUGAAAAAUUAAAUAAGGAUCCAAAAGUUCAUGCUAUAUUGAUACAAUUACCUUUACCUAAACAUAUAGAUGAAACUUUAAUUACAAACUCUGUGAUUACUGAAAAAGACGUUGAUGGAUUUGAUCAUUAUAACGUUGGUCAAUUAUCUAAAAGAGGUGGAGUUCCAAUAUUCAAACCAUGUACACCAAAUGGGAUAAUAGAAUUAAUAAAGACUACUGGAAUUAAUUUAAGAGGUAAAAAUGCAGUUGUAUUGGGAAGAUCAGAUAUCGUUGGUACUCCAGUUGCAACAAUGUUAAGAAAUGAAGAUUGUACAGUUACUACAUGUCAUCGUCACACCAAAAAUUUACCAGAAGUUGUUACUGGUGCAGAUAUUGUGAUUGCAGCAGUGGGAAUCCCAGAAUAUGUAAAAGCAUCUUGGAUUAAAGACGGUGCGAUUGUCAUUGAUGUUGGUAUUAACUAUAAAAAGGAUCCCCAUGCUAAAAAUGGUCAGAAAUUAGUUGGUGAUGUAGCAUAUGAAGAAGUUGCCAAAAAGGCAGGUUUUAUAACGCCUGUUCCAGGUGGUGUUGGUCCAAUGACUGUAGCAAUGUUGUGUUCAAACGUGUAUGAUGCAGCAGUUUUACACCAACAAAAAGCUCAUGAACAUCAAUUUAAACCACUUCCAUUAGAUUUACAAACUCCAGUUCCAUCAGAUAUAGAUAUUUCAAGAGCCCAAAAACCAAAAGUCAUAAUUAAAAUUGCAAAAGAAUUAGGAUUACUUGACAAGGAAUUAGAACCAUUUGGUCAUUUUAAAGCAAAAGUUGAUACAAAAGCCGUUAUCGAAAGAUUAGAUGAACAAGUUGAAGGUUCUGCUGAUGAUAAAGGAUAUUUUGUUUUGGUUGCUGGUAUUACUCCAACUCCAUUAGGAGAAGGAAAAUCAACUACGACUAUGGGUUUGGCACAAGCUUUAGGCGCUCAAUUAGGUUAUAAUUCUAUAGCAAAUGUUAGACAACCAUCAAUGGGACCAACAUUUGGUGUAAAAGGUGGAGCUGCUGGUGGUGGAUAUGCUCAGGUUAUACCAAUGGAUGAAUUUAAUAUGCAUUUAACUGGUGAUAUACACGCUAUUUCAGCAGCUCAAAACUUGUUAUGUGCUGCUGUUGAUACAAGAAUGUUUCAUGAAGCUACUUCGAAAUCUAUCGGUGGGUUUUAUAAGAGAUUAGUACCUUCUAAAAAGGGUAAAAGAACAUUUACAAAAUCAAUGUUGAAAAGAUUAGAGAAAUUAGGUAUAUCAAAGACAAAUCCUGAUGAUUUAACCCCUGAAGAAAUUGAAAAAUUCGCUAAAUUAGAUAUUGAUCCAGAAUCAAUAACAAUCAAGAGAGUUGUCGAUUGUAAUGAUAGAUUUGUUAGAGAAAUCACUAUAGGUCAAGGUAAAAAUGAAAGAGGAUUUACAAGAAAAACAGGUAUGGAUAUUACUGUAGCAAGUGAAUUAAUGGCCAUAUUAGCACUUUCUAACUCCCUCAAAGACUUAAGAGAAAGAGUUGGUAAAGUUGUAAUUGGUACUCAAAAUGGUACAGGUGAAGCCAUAACUGCGGAAGAUAUUGGAGUUGCAGGUGCUAUCACAGCCUUAUUAAAAGAUGCCAUAAAACCAAAUUUAAUGCAAACGGUUGAAGGUACUCCUGUCUUUGUACAUGCUGGUCCAUUUGCUAAUAUAUCAAUUGGUGCUUCAUCAGUAGUUGCAGAUAAAGUAGCAUUAAAAUUAACAUCUCCAUCAAAUCCUAUAAAUAAUGGUCAUGCCGGGUUUGUUAUAACUGAAGCAGGAUUUGAUUUUACAAUGGGUGGUGAACGUUUUUUCAAUAUUAAAUGUAGAUCGUCGGGAUUAAAACCAGAUACUGUUGUAUUAGUUGCAACAACAAGAGCUUUGAAAUUACAUGGAGGAGCUUCAGAUGUUAAACCAGGACAAUCAUUACCUUCCGAAUAUGUCACUGAAAAUCUUGAAUUUUUGGAACAAGGUUGUGCUAAUUUAGCUAAACAAAUUUCAAACAUAAAACAAUAUAAUGUACCUGUUGUUGUUGCUAUAAAUCAAUUUGAGACUGAUACAGAAGCAGAAAUAAAAUUAAUACAAGAAUUAGCGUUGAAAUCAGGUGCUGAUUAUGCUGUACCUUCAAAUCAUUGGGCAAAAGGGGGAUUAGGAGCUAAAAAAUUAGCUGAAUCCGUAGUUGAAGCUGUAAAACAAUCACCAAAAGGUCAACAACAAUUUCUUUAUGAUGUAAAUGACUCGGUGGAAAAUAAAUUAAAUAUAAUAGCACAAAAAAUGUAUGGAGCAAAAGAUAUUGAACUUUCACCAUUAGCUAAAAAACAAAUUGAAACAUAUACACAACAAGGAUUUGAUAAAUUACCUAUAUGUAUAGCCAAAACUCAAUAUUCAUUAAGUCAUGAUCCUGCUUUAAAGGGAGUACCUACAAAUUUCACAAUUCCUAUUAGAGAAGUUAGAUGUUCUGCAGGUGCUGGUUAUUUGUAUGCGUUAGCUGCUGAAAUUAUGACUAUACCUGGUUUACCUACUCAUGCUGGAUUUAUGAAUGUUGAAGUAAAUGACGAUGGACAGAUUGAGGGAUUAUUCUAG